UUCUGAGAUUGGGCAUCAUUGACAAGUCACAAGGCUUGAAGAAUACUUAUCUAUGGUUAAUAGUUGGUUAGUUGAACAACAAUAAUCUGCUAUAAUAUUUAUGGGAGAUGAAAUUGAGGUUGGAAACAUAGUGGAUAUAACGUUUAGUGGAGGACGCCCAGUGGAAAACGCUUAUGAGGUACAAGAAAUUCCUGAUUCUUUAGAAAUUCCAGUCGAAUUACCUGAUCCGUUAGAAAUUCAAGACCCUCCUGCUGAAAAUCAUAUAGAAUAUGUGGAACUCCCCAUCGAAAUACCAGAAACAGCGAAUGAACUACAGAAACGAGAAAAUAUGUGGCAGAUGGUCUCGAGUUCGCUGAAAAGAAAAAGAGCUGAAGAAAAAAAUACGCCUAACAAGAAAUGUUAUCCAUCUCCAGCUAUAAAAAAGUGUCUGUUUCCUGAAAUGUUGUGAAACUCACACAAAAAAGGUUAUAUUAACAAGAAGAACAAACCUUUGAGAACUGCGGAUUCUUCACUCACAUUUUAUAGAUGAAGAAACGUGUGCCGUACAUGUUAAAGAACAACAUCCCGAAAAAGAAAGGUUUACACUGUAGCAAAUGUCCAAGGAUUUUUUAUGAUAUAUCCAGAUUAGAAAAACAUCUGCUGUCACACAAAGAUGAAUCGUUAAUGAAUAAUGUGCAUGAUCAGACGACCAACAGAUAUAAAAACAUUGGUAAAUUAUCAGAUCAGCAAUUUUCAUGUCAAGAGUGUGGAAAAAGAUUUGCUACCAGAAGUUCUCAGCAAAUACAUAUGAGGAUACAUACAGGCGAACGUCGUUAUGGGUGCAGUUUUUGUCACAAAGCUUUCACAGAUGGGGGUACUCUCAGAAAACACGAAAGGAUUCAUACUGGCGAGAAACCUUAUGCAUGCGUCAUUUGUCCCAAAGCUUUCAAUCAGAGGGUUGUCUUAAGGGAGCACAUCAGAUCGCACCAUUCGGGCCCUGAUCCAAGUUGUUCUGAUAGUAUGACGCCGUUUCGUUGUACCAUCUGCUCGGACCAUCUGUACCAUCUGCUCGGACCAAAUCCAAAAUAAGCAAUCAAGAGAUGUCAGAAGCUAGGUACGAUUUUAAUAAAAUUCUGUUACAAUUCUCCAUGUUCGAAGAAUUCAUUUGAAAGACAUCUUCGUUUUAUCACACAUUGCCAUUAUAUCAAAAACAAUGAAGAAUUGAGACAGAUUACCGUUUGCAAUUAAUUUAUUUGAAAAAACGUAUCAUGGAGAAGAUAUGGAAGAGCAUCUGAAAUCAUCCCAUCCUGUAAGCAUCUUGAGACAUGAAACGAUGGAGCUACUUUCAGCGAUGUUAAAUCCACCUAAAUUAUUUAACACAAGUGAAGGUCUUAGUAGGAAUUGGAAAGGAUUUGCUGAAUUAUGUUCCAUUCAGUCGUAUUUGAUAUCCAAUUGGGAAUUUUGUGAUGAUCCUACAAAGGAAGUGUUCAAAAUAUGGCAAUCAAAAGGAGAUGUAGCUACUAUAGAGAAGAUGAUUACCUUUUUGGAGGAAAUAGAUCGAGGGGACGUUAUAGAAGAUGUCAGCAGUCUCAUAGCCAAAGACAUUGAGUUCCAUCUACAGCAUCCAAAAGAACACAAAAAACAGUCUCCUCUUUACCAAGGCCUGGACAGUUCUAUCUUAACGGUAGAUGACUUAGAAUACAUUGGAAAGAAUAUGGAACUCAUCCAGUAUGAUGCCUUCAUUCUAUUCGCAGACGAUGACAUUGAUUUUGCCACCGAAGUCAUCGAAACAAUGGAAAAACAGUAUAAACUGAAGUUCUGUGUCAAGGACUACUUGAUUGGGGGUCUCUUUGAGCAUGAAGCAAUAAUUCGACUAAUUUCUCAACGUUGCGAAAAACUUAUAGUUAUAUUAUCACCUAGUUUCUUCAAGAGUCCUAUGAACAAGUUCUUCCUGAACUUCACACAAGCUCUAAGUCUGGAACAGAGAAAAAUAAUACCUUGCUUGUAUAAAGCAUGUCCUGUGAUGCCACCGGAGAUCAGGUGCUAUUUCAUGCUGGAUUAUACAAAACAGAGGGGAGUGCUUUAUAACUUUUGGGACAAACUGUAUGAAUCCAUAAAAACUAAAAAGGCGCCAGCUAAUGCAUCAAACAGGGUGGUAAGAAGAGAUCAACCUCCAAGACAGCUGAUAAUAAAAAAUAACUCGCAAAGAGAUACCGAAUUCAGACUGAGAGCCCCAAGUGUUAACGUAAAAUCCAACAGUCUCGUAGACCUAAGCAAAACUGACGCUGAUCAUAUUCUACCGGAGGUAAAUCUGAUACCAAGUACCAGCGCAAACAGUUUGGGUAUCAGUUUCUGCGAACCUGAAAAAAAAAUAAAGCCGAAAAAGACUAAUUGGCUGAAGAAGUUGUUUCCUAAGAACAGCAAAAAUUAUGAAAAUUGCAAUCAGCAACACAUCAAAGCAAAUGGUGAAGUUGAGGGUAACAGGGAGAAGAAGAAGCUGUGGAGUAAGUGUGUGAAAAGGAAACCAGUAGCUGCCACAUAGGGAACAGGGUUUUUUAGGUACAAAGACAUCAUACCAAGUGCCUAGAUACCGUACUGUGCCAGUUUUCAAUAACUUCGCCAUCCUGCUAUCAAUUUAGUGUUCAUAGUUAAUUCGAGGAUUUCUUUCUUGUUUAUUUUCCAAGAAAGUAAACUUAAACUAGCUUUGUGAUUAUCACAAUGAAACAAUGGUUUUUCUCAUACUUGGAAAAUCAAGUUUUUGGAUUUCUUACAUCAAUCUAUCUUUGAAUGUCUAGUUGGGAUGUUCUUGAGAAUAUUUGUUUGUUGAACGAUUUUUCUAUGACUAUGAGUAGUUUUCUCUCAUCUUUGUUUUAUUUUUGUUACGGGUUUUCUCAGCAUAGUUGUUAUUGUCAAAACCAAUGAAGCUUGAUUUU